CCCGACCUACAUCACACAUCUCACGUCUCCUAGCUACCUACCCAUCUCCAGCUUCUUUUUGGAGUCCACUCUGUUUUCUCCUCUUUAAUCAAUCCCUCUUCUGCCUCAAGCCAGUUGGGCAGCAGGCAGCCUUUUGGCCCCUGCAGCAUGUUGCAUCGGUGUCCUGCAACAACACCACACACAACGACAACAACGCCAACAAGGAUGCGCAUCGCGAUGCUUCCAGCCAGCUUCUCGAACCACAAUCCCCUCUCCCGCCCCUAGCCACUCCAUCGAGAUGCUACCUCUUGCAUUGCACGAUUUGCCCCCGACAACGUGGUAGAAUCAUCCUUUUAUCGACUCCACACGUUCCCAGCAGCUCCAUGAGGAAAGUCAGCAACCAUCAUGCAUUCAGCCUAGCCCCAUUUACCCGUUGCCGCUCGGAGAUGGCUACACCGUUUGAAGGGCCAGAGCCGGCAUGGUCCCCGAGGUCCGGGACGAUAAACAACACCUGAGAGCGAAGAAAAUCGUUAAUAUCGCUGCUGCAGCCAGCGAAAAUCUUCAUCUCCGUUCUCCUCGUUGUUUUCGUCUUGACCCAAGCCAUCGUCGUCGAGUGCAACACAUGCUCAGUCUUGUCGCUCUGGGUCCAGCCUCUACUCUCAGGCCAAUCUCGUAUCCAUGGAGCAAUUGGCUUACAUGCCCGCACCCCUGCCGCCCAGAAUGCGCCAUUCGCUUGAGCUCUUAUUGAGCCCUGCGCCGUACACCGACAAGGAUCUCUUAUCUCUGCUCAGUGCUCCCUUUUCCUCGCAUACUUGCAUACUUCCCCGACCCUUGCGGGUACGGUCUUCGCAUUUGCCCUAGCUACCUGAACUGUGGAAUACGGGCUCCAGAAUAGACCAAUAUAACACGCUUCUCCAUCUUGUGCGCGCAGCUGGCUGUUGAAGCCUCCUUCAUCAUCUACAUGUCAUUGCUGCCUUUCCACUUCCGGUCAUCGAUAUCUGCUGUCUUGUAUGCACUGUGCGACACACUCUCUCAGCCCCAGCUCUCCAUGUAGUUAGCUAUACAUUUCGUUAUCCCCAAGGAUGUGCCUAUAGCCCUGUGUUUCUUCCCACCCCACUCUGAUCGACAUUUCCCUCCCCACCCACCGCCCGUCUGGUUCUAUACGCUUUACACUCUUCGCACCCGGUACAUGCCUGAGUCAUGUCGGCACGAGGGGCCAGGAGUAGAAAGGCAGUCGAAAAGAACAUUGAAAAGCAGGAGAAAAAGGCGGCUGUCAAGCAAAAAGCUCCCGUGCAAACCAUCCGAAAACCAGGCGAUGCUUUCGGGUCCAACAUCCACCCAUCCAGACAGAUCACGGUAUCAAGCGACGUAAGCCGCGCGACCUCCUCCCGGACCAGCUCCACGAACGGUAGCAAUGCACGGCCACUGUUCGUCUCGGCAAGCUCGCAAGAUUCCCACGAUUACAGGCGAAACGGCCGUCCUCCAACGUCCACCAGCGGCUCUACUUCGGUGUCGGAUGGUGGGUCGGGCAAAGGCAAUGACAAGAACAAGUACACUGCCAAAGGAAACAAGGAGACCAAAGCUCCGCGGGGACGAGGCGGUGGUGUUCCUUUGAAGAAGCCUGCGGAGCCGCUGCAACCCCCGCUGCUUCGAGCCGAGACCUCCCUCGCAUUCACCCCUACAAACCAGAAGACAUGGAUGAACUUUCGGAUAUGGGAUGGCUCAGUACAGGGUGUGAAACCGUAUGGCGGGUUUGAUUUUGAUGAACACAUGCAGACCGGAACUGUUCUCAUCUACUUCAAAGAGGAGCAGGUCAAUGAGGACCGUCCAGUUCCACAACUACGCGCCGAGUACGAGAUACUGGAAAAUUCCGGCUCCACAUGGAUCAACAACGCCUUGCUGUACGGCCGUCUCGAAGAUGCUGAUAUGGACGAUGAGGAGUGGAUGUACGAAGCCAGACGCCAAUCCUCACUUUCACCGCAGUCGGUAUCGCCCAAUUUCCCACGACCAUCUGGUCAACGCAUGCUUGCGCCGACCUCGCCCUCGGGUCUAUCCUCGCCACCGUCCUUACACAUUGACCAGCAAUACUGGGGAGUUCCUGGAAACGGUACUGCCUCUAGAGCGCAGUACUACUCCGAAUCGAAUGCAUCCGAUGGGCAGUCUUCACAGCGAGCAAGCCAAAUACAACCCACUCACGAGUUGUGGUUUACAGCCCCAGAGGGCUUGAAGACGCCGCACGCCCAGCGAAUGCAUUUCGUCGCGGUACGGAAUUUCCUCGCCAUAUUGCACGGAAAGCCUCUAGUGGGGGCCGACAUGUUUGACAUGCUUACGACCCUGCAAGCCGAGAUCCAGGUCAUGUACGAUCUGGACCAUGAUACCCACACACGAACAUCGUCAAGCGAGCGGAGCGUGCAGAUGAUCAUCAACUACAUAAUCAAAUACCAGCUGGACGAUGUGCGGCAAAGUAUCAAACAGGCCAUGUGUUUGCUGGCCUGGGCAGAGCAAGAUAAUGUCCGAUGGAAGCAAGGCUAUCUGGAGUGUUUCGUCCAUCUGACAGGUGUUAUGGUGCCACAGCUCGAGGAGGUUCCCGAGUUCAAAAGGCUUUCCCUCGUCACGAGGAGGAACCUCGGAAUUGCGGCCAAGCAGCUACAGCUCCGCAUUAUGGAAGCCGAGGAGAAGUUGGGCCCAUUCGAUUUCGACGAUAUCUGGUUUGACCCUGCCAAGUCGGGAAAUCAUGCCGUUUUCCAGAGCUAUCAGACUUUCAAGCAGUUUUUGAUCAACUACUACACAGGCACCUACGGGAACUGGCCACCGAUGCAAGGGAAGAGCUGGCUUAACAGAAAAAUCGCGUUGGAUCUGCAAAACGACUUUGGCGCCCUGUACGACUACCUGGUGAACCGCGACGUGGUGUGGGACUCGCGCGAAGAGAGGCCAGGCAAGAAGUGGCAGAUGGCGAAUCCCAAAUCCGAGGACUUUAGGGCCGAUCGUCCAGACUUGUCAGUCACUGAUAUGAUUGUGACUUACGACAGCAAACACGGGUAUCUGCAUAUUCCGCACCCGUACGCGCUUCUUCCCCGCGACAUUCCGCAGACUAAAAGCAAGCCCGCGCCUGUUCAGAAGAAAGGCCUGUUUGGGAUGAAGAAGGCCAAACCAGAGGCGACCAAGGAUCCAAAAGCGCAUCUGCAAUUGUCGAUCAUCUACAGCGAUGCCACCAACAUUGAGAAACUCGAUGACUCUUUCAAAGGGAGCCCCUUGAUUGACGCUUUCGAGACUUUCGAACUCUCAAAUCCUUUACGACCUAAUACUACGCCACGCGAAGCCCGUCUCGGCUGCUGGCUUCUCCUUUACCCGAUUCUCCAAUACCUCUCGACGCUUUCGGUCGACUCGUUAACACUCAAGCAUGCUACUGGGGUACGCUACUUCCUCAAUGCGGACCUCAAACGGCUGCCAGAGUGGGUGACGACUGGACAAGCGCUGGUAGAGUCGAUCGAAGAUGCACAACGACGGAGCUGGUGCUGGAACCGCAGUUGGAGCCCCGAGAAAGGACAUGUCAAGUCCGGACAACCGGCGGAACUCGACGGCGAGGGGGUAGAUCGGGCGCAGGAAUUUGGCAGUGGCGGUGGGGAAAUGCAGAGGAGUGUUGACGGAGUGUAUACGCACCCGCAAAUGCCGAUGCAGAUGCAAUCACUGAGCCCCAUUCACGGCGGACACGCCGGUAACAUGGAUGGAGGAUCAUUCGAUCCCACCGCAAGGAGGGAUAGCAGGCCGCAGGUACUGAACCCCUCCGCCUUUCACCAACCGCCUCCGUCGACCCAGCAGCAGCAGCAGCAGCAGCAGCAACUUCCCCAGUACAGUUCCACUUCAACCAUCCAAAACGACAUCCAACGCAUCGGCGAGAAAAUCGACUCAUUCAGCCUGUCCCAGCCUCAGCCCCAUCAUCAACAACAACGCUACUACAACUCCUCUCGCGCCCCCAACCCAACCCUCGAAAAACUAAAAACCACACACGAAGACUUCCCCUACCCACCCCAACACCAAGCUCUCUCCAGAAUGGACUCUUCAUACCGCCUCACAGCAAGCGACUACGCGUCCCCAACAUCCGUCCCUCCCUCUCCAUCAGAACAAUACCCCUCCCCACCCCCACCAUUCUCCUCAACUCCUUCAUCACCACCCCAAAACCCCUCGUCCGAAGACCAAACCCGUGCCCGAGACGAAACCGAAGACAGCGAAACCGCACCCCCCACACCCAGACUGCCCUCACGCAACCCCCUCCGUCCACCAAGCAUCUCAUACAUGAGUAGCCCCCGGGGCGGCGUAUACGACCGCUUCAACGAAAUCGCACCGACUUCCCACCCCCCUCCUUCCCUCACCUCCUCCACACCAACCCCACACAACGACACCGCCAAAUUCGACAACCCACCCCGCUUCCCUCCAAGACACACAUCGCGAUUCGGCCCAGGCUCACCCCACGGCGCCUUCGGCGUCGGCGCCGCAGACUUCAUGGAUCCUUUCCCCCUCCCUUCUGCCUACCACCCCUUCCACGCCCAUACCCACCACGCUCUAUCCUCGGAUCCGCGCUCCACCCCGCAUACCAGCACCACCUCGACCUCGUCGUCGUCGAGCACCGCGCCCCAAAGUCUGAUCAAUAGCGCGAGUUUGGGGAAUUUGGCUGGCAGCUUUGUGCCGGGCGCGUUGUUGGGUCGCGCGAGGAGCGUCAGGAGUAAUUCUAGCUCUACGAGUAGUGCUGGCGGCGGUGGAGGCGGUGGAGGCAGGAGAGCGGGGAGCGGAGGGAGCUAUUACGAGGUUUGGAUUGAGGGCGGACCGGGGAGUGGUGCGGGUGGUGGAGGGAAGAGGAGGAAGUAGGAAUCGAUUUGCGCUUUUGAAAAAGGAUUAGGGCGGAGUGUAUAUGAUACUUCUUUAUUUUCUUCCCUGACCUUACUCUUGACGCACGUUUUUAUUUUACAUUGUUUCUUUAUUUUAUUUUUUCGUGUCUCUCGUUCUUUCUCUUUUUUUUCUUUCUUCCCCUUCUUCUUCUUCUUUUGUAGGAUGAUGGAGGAGAAGGAUGGUAUUCAUGUAGGAUUCUUCACUUAUAGUCUAAAACUAACAACAAAAAUCAAAUCCUAAUUGUUUUUUUUUUAUCCUCUGCUUUUUAUCCUUUAUUCCCCCUUCUCCCCUGCUCUUAUAUAUAUUUAAAAUAAGCGUGCAUACACAUAUAUACAAACCUUGUAUUACCACCCUCUUCCACUCACAUCUCCCCCCACCUUCCCUUCCCCCCCAGAAAAAAAAAAGAAAAAUUCUAUUUCGCCCAAGUUGUCAAAUCUUUAAUAACUAACCCUCCUAACCUUACUACUUACAUAUCCCUAGCGUCUUAACAUAAAACAUACCUUCUCUUUCUCUCUUCUCUUGCACUCUAUCUCUAUCUCUAUUCUAAAACAUUAACACUAACAAAGAAAAAUAAAAGUAAGAAAUAGAGCCGUAUAUUACACUCUAUGUAGUCUGAAAACGCAUGCUAUCCACGCUAGGAAAUAUUUAUUGUACUGUACUGGACUACUGCGAUACGCGAGCUUUAGCUUUAGCUUUAGCUUAGCUUUGAUGAUUUCCCCCACACACGCUGGCGUUGUUGUUGUUGUU